UACAUGGAAGGAGAUGAAGAUGAAGAGGAGGUACGACAGUGAGAGGCUAAGGUGGAACGUGUUUCACAUCAAGAAAAGGACCAUGUAUUGCUAACUGCUAAUAUACAUCUACUAUGGGUUAAUUAAUUAGCUGGGAUCUGACAAAGUGUCUGAAGACGGCCAAGACAACAUUGGUCCACUCUCCAUUUUUUCCUGAGUCACUCAAUUUAUUCAUUGUCUAGUGUACACCCCUGUAUUUCUGUUGACAAAGUGAAGUGGCUUCUUUUCAGGUUACAGGAUCACACACCAACCAUUGGUAUCAUUUUCUCCUCCUAAGCACAUCAAUAUUCGUUCUUUUCAACUAAGCUCUAUAAAUGUGCCAAUUUAUGAACAUACUCACUCGUCAUUCAUUUCUCCCUUCAACUCAUCAACUCAUAAUGGCAAAUUCACAACAAUCUCAUUCAAGUCCAAGCCCUUCACGAUGCAGGGAACAAUCAUCCACUGAAGCAGCAUUCACCAGAAAUAGAUGAUGUCGAAGAAGAGAGCUUCUCCUACGUCAUGUAGCUCGUGACUUCUACCGCGAUUUCCAUGGCCAUGCAAAUGGCGGUGGAGCUCGACGUCUUCGACGUCAUCCACAAAGUUGGUCAUGACGCCAAGAUGUCCACCGUCGAGAUUGCAACAGAGCUUUCUUGCAAGAACUCCAAAGCUUCUGCGCUGGAUCGCCUCCUCCGGCUUCUAGUGUCUCACUCUGUUCUUACCUGUUCCGUUAUGGCCGACGAGGAUCGGGGAAGGACUUUGCUGUUCUCAAAAUGGAGAAAGGUGAACUGCUGCUCAAGUUUCUUUUAAGAUGGAGGUUAUUUAGGACCAACUAGCCUAUUUUGAACUUACUUUUAAAAAUGAUGAGGAUGCUAAAGUUUUCUUCAAGUGGCAAGAUCAAAUUCAUCUUAUACAAUUCUUGAUGGCUCUUACUGAUGAUUUUAAGCCUGUUCGCGCCUCUCUGCUCCACCAAAGCCACUUUUGACUCUUGAGGAUGCUCUUCCUUAUCUCCGUUCUGAGGAAACUGUUUGAGUCUUCUCCAAUGAUCCCCUAACAUGACUUUCGCUGCCUUGGAAGGAAUUCUAAGCUUUGUCGUCGCUGCCCUCAAUCUACUCACACUUAUGAUCAGUAUCGAUAUAUUGAAUGUAGAACUUGCUAGAAGAAGGGACAUGUUGCUGUGAAUUGUCCUUCUUUGACUUAUCAUUAUUGUAAGAAGCCUGGGCAUCUCAUUGAUCAGUGCCCCACUCGACCUCCCAAACCUGAUCAAGGGAGGUCAUUCAAGUCUAGUUCCUCAUCAUCCAAGCCUGCUCUAUUUGUUUGAUGAGCCACUAAUUGUUGCUACUUCACUUUGAGAUCCUCUACUAUUGAACUUGAGUCUUUACUUCAUAAGCUUAUCUUUAGUUCUUCCAGUUACUUGCUGCCUUAGCCACACCUUCAGGUACACCUUCUUGGUAUUUUGAUUCUGCCUAUUGUAAUCAUAUGACUAGUCAAAAUACUUCUUCUCCUCUAUGUCACCUAAUACUACUACUCACCUUAUAUAUGCUGCUAAUAACUUUAAAUGCUUGUUAGUUAUAUUGGUAUUGUUUCCUUGCUCUCUCUGUCCAUUCAUGAUACUUAUUGGUACCUAACAUUAGUUUUAAUCUCCUAUCUAUUGGACAAUUAGUUGAUAUGAGCUAUGAUGUUUAUUUGAUAAACUUAGUCAUGUUGUUUCUAAUUCUCAGACAGGACAGGUUAUCAGGACUGAGUGUAAGGUUGGUUGAAUGUUUGAGCUCAAUUCCUUACAUGGAGGUCACUUCUUCUAGAUUGUGUGCUCCCUCCACUUCUGCUUCCUUUGAACAGUGAUUGGUGAGGUGAUAUUUAAAUCAAAGAUGGUGACGUUGCAGGAGUGGAAACGUGGGAAGGGGUAUGUUUGAAAGUGUGCCUAAAGGAGAUGCUAUUUUCAUAAAGGUGUGACAGUAUUCUAUAAUGUUUUUACAUGUAGUGACCAAUGAUAAUUAAUAAGACAUUAAUUAAUCAUGAGUUUAUUAGGGAAAACUUUAAUUUGUAGUAGAUACUUCAUGAUUGGAGUGACGAGCGGUGCUUGAAGUUAUUGAAGAAUUGCCAUAAUGCCAUUCUUGAAGUUGGAAAAGUGAUUGUGGUGGACGCAGUUUUGCCCAUCGUACCAGAAAUUUCUACUUCUGCCAAGAGCACCUCCCAACGUGACAUGAUUAUGAUGACUCAGACUCUCAGAGCCCAGGUGGCAGAGAGAGAAGUGAGGAAGAGGUCAUGGAAUUGGCCAGGUCAGUAGGGUUUAGAGGCGUUAGAUAUGAGUGUUUUGUUCGUAACUUUUGGAUUAUGGAAUUCUGCGAAUAGAUAAUCCCUUUCGUUUUAGGGGUAUCAAGCAUUUUAUAACAAUCCAAGUUAAUAAGAAAACUUGGUCUGCAUUCUGUAAUCCAAUUGUGUAAUCAGGAAGAAAUGGGAGAAUAAUAUACUCGUAUGGUAUGAUUUCCCUAUCAUUCUGUAAUCCAAUUGUGUAAUCAGGAAGAAAUGGGAGAAUAAUAUACUCGUAUGGUAUGAUUUCCCUAUCA